GAAUGUGUCCAACUGAUUGCGCUUUCUUCAUGUCUCAUUCGUAAACAACAGAUUUAAUCGGCGUUAUACAUUACACUCAUUCGUAAACAAUGGAUCCACUCGGGGAUUUUGCUUUCCGUUUAUUUUUUAUCGGACAUUUCAUUUUGCCUUCUUGUAUGUUUCGUUGGGGACGUCUUUCAUUUUGGUUUCAGACACGCGACUUGGUCAUACACCGCACGCCUUGGAUUGGAUAUUUUUUAAAAUUUAGAUAUUAUAAAUUAUGGCGUUGGAUUCAGCAGAUGGAGCAUCGUCGUCCGAUGGACAGGCAAAGCCAAAACCUAAGUCAACACCCAUUGGUGAUUUCGCAAGUAUAGAAGACUUUACAAAGAAAGGACUAACUGAAAUUAUGGUAGCAACAAAAUGUGCCAAUUCAUUCCCUCAAGGAGCAUCGAGAGAUUUGUAUUGUGCCUACCCAACAUUUGGACGGGUAAUCGAUGAGCAAUCCCACCGCAUUUUGGGCCUCAUAUCGCACGUGCUCAAAAGGGAGAAUGUGAGAGGCAACAUUCAACGACGUCAACCGGAUGAGCAGUUCGAAAUGCUUUUGGAAUGCAAUGAUGCCAUGUUUGAACGGUUGCAAAUAAAUCUUGAUGAACUGGCUGGAAUAAAGAAACCCCCACAGACAAUUGUAGUGGAGUCACAGAUUUCAUCUACACCCACCCCAGGCAAAGGUGCUGGCAGUUGGAAUUUGAAGAAUAACGAAGCAAGUCCCUCCUUUGCGGCCCGAUUAAUAACUGCCAAAAAUAUUGCCAGACCUCAAGUUAAGUUUCAAAUUCCUGUGGACAAUAGCCCAGAUAAACCAUUUAUGCCUAGACUCAAAGAGAAGCCAAAUUCUCUCAAACCCCUAACAAUCUUACCGGAAUAUGAUGAUGCUGGCAAUAUUGUAAGUUAUUUGCAUCCGUACGAGUUCGAGCUGAUGAAGUUUGAAGUACCAGAUAACAUGCUAAAACCGAGAGCAGCUGAGAAGCCAAAGGAUGUCGAUUCAACCGAUUUAAUGUAUAUUGACACGAAACCAAAACUCUUGCAAGCUUUGGAAGAAUUGCGAAAAGCAUCAGAAAUAGCUGUGGAUGUGGAACAUCAUUCGUAUCGCACGUUUUUGGGAAUUACUUGUCUGGUACAAAUUUCAACCAGAAACAAAGAUUACAUAUUCGACGCACUGGAGUUAAGGGACGAAAUGUGGGUAUUGAACGAAGUGUUUACUGAUCCGAAAAUUGUGAAGAUUUUUCAUGGAGCAGACUUCGAUGUGGAGUGGUUACAACGUGAUUUGUCACUUUAUAUUGUUAAUAUGUUCGACACUCAUCAAGCCGCAAAGGCAUUAAAUUUUGCGCGUCUUUCUCUGGCGUAUUUGCUGAAGCAUUAUUGCGAUAAAGAUGUUGACAAGACCUUUCAAUUGGCAGAUUGGCGCAUUCGUCCUUUGCCCGAAGAGCUUAUUGCAUAUGCCCGACAGGACACUCAUUUCCUUAUCUACGUAUAUGAAUGCAUUACAAAUGAUUUGCUAGAAGCGGGAAAUCAAAAGCCUCAAUUGUUGCGUUCCAUCUAUCAACGUUCAACCGAGAUUUGCAAAAAGCGUUUCCAGAAACCCGUUAUCACAUCUGAAUCGUAUAUGGACAUAUACCGUAAAUCAAAAAGGAUUUUUGAUAAUCGCCAAUUAUUUGCUUUGAGUGAAAUUUUCAAAUGGCGUGAUACUAUGGCCCGCCAAGAAGAUGAAAGUUACGGUUAUGUGUUGCCGAAUCAUAUGAUGUUGCAAAUCUCGGAAAGUCUGCCGCGUGAAAUGCAAGGUAUACUGGCUUGUUGCAAUCCCGUUCCACCACUGGUGCGUCAGAACUUACACACUUUGCAUCAAAUUAUUCUGAAGGCCCGAGAGCAACCUCUAGUCAAGCCUAUUUUACAAGCAGAAGCUCCAAGUCGUGUUGUCUACGCCAAUGUCUGUGACUAUAACAGUAAAUUGCACUGCCCUCACGAUCUAACAAUGGCAGAAGAAUUCCGCGACGACUUACCUACGCUGCUCACAUUUGACAAAGAAAAAGGUGUUCAAAUUAAUGACGAAUCUUUAAUUGUGUCAAAUCCUUUGAAGAAGGCAGUCUUGAGCGUUUUUGAUACUCCGGAAAAUUCCGAAGAAGAUGAUGAAAUAUUACGCCAUCGCCAGUCUGAAAAACGAAAGAUACUCUUGCCAUAUAAGAGAUACAUGACAGUUUUGCCAAUGAUUGAAAAGGAAAAGCGGGAAGAAGCUGCUCGCCUAGAAGCCGAGAACAAGAAAAGACAGUUGUGUCCAGAUGCUCCAGCCAUGAUGCCUAUCAAUACCAAUGAUAUUAAAAAAGAAACAGAAGUUGAAGAUAUGUAUAACUUGCCUAUUAAGGCUAUGCUCAAAAGAAAAUAUGAAGAAGCUUUGGCAAAGAAAGCGGCUGCCCCAGCUACUGAUGGAGCUUCCACUUCAAAACGUACAAAAUUGGAAACAAAAACAACAAUUGAACAGGUCACACCAACAGAUGAUAAACUGAAAUUUGUUAAUUUGCCACCGACCAAAAAAGAAUUGAAACAGCAAAAAGAAUUUAAGCGGCAAGCCGAAACAUCUGUAUCUGAAUUAGAAAAACAAGAGGAUGAUGAUGACGACGGUCCACCCGAGGAGAAACCUAUCGUUUCAACUGCACCUUCCCAGGAGGACGAUGAACAGAAACCAUCUACAUACAAACAGAAGUUUAAAAAUAAAAACAAAAAGCAAAAAUUCAUGGCAUCGAAUAAACCGCAGCAGUCAUCAGAUAAACCCGUGCAAACAAACUUCGACUAUAAAAAUGUCGAUUUCAGGAAAUUCCAAGGAGGUGCCCAAAAAGCGAAAGGAAUGGAAAUUAAAGCACAAAUUCACGCCAAAAGCAAUUCAAACAAGGCGCAAAAUAAGAAAUUUAAUAAACUAUUUACAUUUUCAAAUGUAAAAAGUAAAAAAUAGUUAUUUAUCAUUUUUACUACCUAACCUAGCUACAUAGAUUCGUUAGAAAUACGAAAAUGAACUGAAAUGAAAUAAAAUAUUUUCUAUUCUACAUAUUAUAUAUUUGAGUAUGUACACUUAAGACUUGUCUCUGUGUUUUAAUAAUAAUAAAUACUGAAAUAGAAAAAAAAAACAUAUUUAAGUUUAAAUAA